UUGACAUCAGUUGUUGAGCAGUUCAAUACAUCCUUUACUGCACAUAAAGAAUCACAGCUAGGCAUCUUGAAAAUGCCAUCAAAUUUCCUCACACCCUUCCUUGAGCUGGAUGAUGAAUUCUGCAAGAGUUUCCGUGGUAUUGAUCUGACAGAAGCCACACAAAAGCAGCGUGUGGUGGGAUUCCAACGCAGACAUUCCCUGUGCCCUGUGACUCUUCCCAACUCUAAAUUCAACAGCAACGACAGCAGCCUGUGGCCUCUACCGGCCAUCAACCAGCAGUGGAGCCAUGAGAAGAAGCAGCAGCUGCCACGUUCCUCUUUGAAUCAGAUCCCCUUCAGAGUAGACCGCUCUGUGAGCAUGAUUGAGGGUCAUGUGGCCUGCGAGAGCCCGACGGCCAGCCCUCUUCCGCCUCCGCCCGGCCUUAGCAUCAGCAACAGCUCCUUGUCCUGCUCGAAGGUACUUGGAACGACCUCCACGGCACCGAUGUCCACCCGCUACAAGACGGAGCUCUGCCGCACCUACGAGGAAAGCGGCACCUGCAAGUACGGGGCCAAAUGCCAGUUCGCUCAUGGGAUGGAGGAGCUGAGAGGCCUCAACCGGCACCCGAAGUACAAGACCGAGCCAUGUCGCACAUUCCACACCAUCGGCUUCUGCCCCUACGGUGCUCGGUGUCACUUCAUCCACAACGCGGACGAGCAGAUCGGCCUUUCGGAGAACACUCACGUACAAAAGAGCGUCCGGGAGCGACCUCAGCUCCGCCAGAGUGUCAGCUUCAGCGGUUUCUCCUCGCAACCUCAAACCCUCAGCGGCUUCCACGCCGUACCGGAUGCAUUGGCCUUCUCUAGAUCUUCGUCGGUGUCUCCACCACCAUCUACCGGGAGUCCCGACUUGCUGUCUCCUCUGUUCCCUGAGCCGGGGACCCUAAAGCACAGCCACCCCUUUGCAGAUUUGGGUGCCAACGGGAGCUUCUAUGCCAUCAGCGACUCAGAGAGCGUGCAGAACUUGGCGUACGCACUCACAGGCCUUUCAGCUCUGCAGCGAAGUGCGUCGGCGGACUCUCUUUCCGACCAGGACGGCUACACCAGCUCCAGCAGCCUGAGCGGCUGCGACUCUCCUGGCAUCGAGGGCAGGCGACUGCCCAUCUUCAGCCGCCUGUCUGUCUCAGACGAUUAGAAAAACAUUACCUGUGCAUAUUGCAUGCUCGUCCGUGCAGAUGUUUCUCUGCGCUUGAUUCGUAAAGCUCCAUGUCAUGUGAUGAACGCAAUGUAUACUGUUGUAUACCAGACCGAAGCUGCAGUGGGAACUUCACUUUAGGCUUAUAUGUUUUGGGAAUUGUUCUGCAGUGUUUUGUCUGCAGGACAAACCUUCCCAAGUCGCCCAUCUGUAGUCUAACCAAAGCCGAGCAACUUAGAGUAUAUACAUCUAGUGUAACGUCUAACCCGCUCCCUGAACAUACUGUAGCCUUUAGUUAAGGCAUUUUUAAAUGGACAGUAUUACUGAGUAGUUUUAACCAUAGUCCUUUCUAAAAACCUAUUUAUUGCUUUUUUGUAAUUUGCGAUGGUUGUUUUUGUUUUGUAUGCAUUUCGAAGAAGGAACAAUGUAGAUAAGGCUUUUUGUUUGUUUCUUUGAACCCGUUUGUCUGCUUUGCACGAGCUAUAUCUCUUAGCUUUAAUGAAGACCAGCUGCACAGUCUCAAUGUUGGAAUCUCAGGAUCCUUUUAAAGUGCUAUUGAUACACUCUACUGUCCUGUAUCAGCCUUUUUCAGUAAUAAGAGUCAGAGAUAUCAACAAGGAAGAGUCAAAGAUGUUCAUAUGCAAGCCAACGUGAAUGUGAAAGUGACAAUGUACCAGAAAGAAGUCAAGUUAUACACAGCCUUCUACUUUUGGACUCUGGUUCUAUUUAAGAGGCGAAAGUUGUCAUUUGCAAAUAACAUGAACUGUGAGUUCUGAUGUUCGUAGGUUGUAUUCUAUUGUUGUUUCUCAUCUUUUGCCUUGUGACAAGACACGCUUUGCCUUUUGUUAACUUAAAACCUAUUUAUUUCGUUUUUUCGAAAUGGGAAAACAGUAUAUUGUGUUGUGCUUUCGUUUCAUGUUUGUUUAUAUAUAAUUUAAAUGAACUGUUUACAUUCCAUGGGAUGGCAAUGCCCAUUUUCAUUAUAAUAUAUUGUUUUAAAAUAAAGUUUCAA